AUGGAUGUGUGGGAAUACUCGGAGAGAUAUGAUUAUGAACGAAUUUAUACGGGACAAUGUGGCAGUGGCAUCAAUGGCAGGCAAGAUGAGAGAAGCGAGGCUGAGGUGGUUCGAUCAUGUGAAGGGAAGGUGCUAGAAUGCGCCAGUUUGGAGGUGCGAAAGGUUGGCUGUAGCAGGAAUAAUGAGAGGGAGGCUACCCUCUUCAAGCUCCAUUGUCGUGCAAACUUGGUGAUCGACCAUAUCCAACCUCCUGCCUCCCCCACCGUGCCACCACCGGCAACUGCAGCCGAAAAACUUUCUGCUAAGGCCCUAUGGGAACGGCUAGAUGACAUAGUUCGGCAAUGGAUAUAUGAUACGAUAUCGAAUGAUCUUCUCAACACGAUUAUUCAUCAAGAGGACACCGCAGCCGAGGCUUGGGAUCGCCUUGUUCAUCUCUUUCAGGACAACAAAUCGGCUAGGGCUCUUGCUCUUGAUGCAAAAUUCACCAACACCAAAUUGGUGGAUUUUCCAAAUGUGAAAGCAUACUGCACCAGGCUGAAAUUUCUUGCAGACAACCUUGCCAACGUCGGUCACAAAGUUUCCGACGAACAACUUGUGCUUCGUCUUCUGCGAGGGUUGUCGGAGGAAAAUAAAACAUUUCGCACGACGGUGCAGCACCGUACUCCUAUCCCAUCUUUUGACGUUGUCCGUUCAAUGCUUGAGCUUGAGGAAGAUAGCCAUGCCGAGCACGCCGUUCACGAUUCCGGCUCGAAUGCUGCUCGUGUUUCCCACAAGGUUAAUCCUCAGAAUUUCUCAGGCAAUGGACAGCUCAAUAAUUCUGAAAAUAACUUCAACAAUCGUGGAAACUCGUAG